AUGACAGACCAAAACCACGCCCUUGUAUUCGGCGCCGCAGGCCUGCUUGGCUGGGCUGCUGUCGACCAACUUCUGUCCGACUACCCCGCGCCGCAGACCUUCUCCCAAGUCACGGCAGUCGUCAACAGGCCAGUCGCCGAGGCUGCUUUGCACUGGCCAGCUGCAUCAACCACACGGAUUAACCUGCUGGACGGUGAUGCGGACGCUCUGGCGCGUCAACUUGGGGAGAAGGCACCAGGCAUCGAAAACGUCACGCACGCCUUUUAUUUCGUCUUCUCCCCGGUCAACGACGACCACAUGGAAGAAUGCCGCGUGAACUGCGGCAUGAUGCAGUGCGUCGCCGACACCCUCAAUCUGCUGUGUCCCCAGCUCAAGUCAAUCGUCUACGCCGGCGGCACAAGAGGCUACGGCAUCUACAACCCCGGCGGCACAUUCACGGCCCCGCUCGUCGAGUCCAUGGCUGACACGCUGCCGGAGGAUUAUGCCAAGACGGUCACCUAUCCGUGGUUCCGACAGAUUCUCACCAGAGCCAGCAGAGGCCGGUCGUGGACGUGGACCGAGGUCUGUCCCGACGCCGUCGUCGGCUUCUCGCCCAACGGUUCGGCCUUUUCGCUGGCGCUCCACUGGGCGCAGUAUCUCGCUCUGUAUCGCCUCAACAACGAAGCAUCGGGAGACGUCCAGGUUCCGUUCCCCGGCAGCGAAGCGGGAUUUGAUGCCCUGUUCACGCCUGUAUCGAGCCAGACGCUCGGCAGGAUAUCCGUCCACGCGGCGCUGCACCCGGGAGAGUGCGGUGGGAAGAUCGUGAACAUGGCGGACCGGGCACGGCCGACAACCUUUCGCGAGCUCUGGCCUUGUAUUGCUGGCUGGUUUGGCUUGGUUGGUGUUGGGCCCGAGGCUGAUGCGACGGCGUUGAAGCCGGGCAAGUACGUUGAGAAGCACAAGCACCUUUUUGCGACGAGGGGCCUCACAGACGCAGUCGAGAAGGGCGUGGGAGCUGGUAGCGUGCAGCUGGACAGCGUGGGCUGGUGGUUGGCCUUCGACAGGCAGUUGAGUCUGGAAAGACUCAGAGCCACAGGCUUUGACGAGGAGAGGGACCCAGUGGAAGGUUGGCUCGAGGCGUUUGGCAAGUUCAGAGCGGCCGGGAUCAUCUGA